AUGGCUGACCUUGUCUGCGGCAAUGACUGUGGUGGGAUCGCAUGGGACUUCGAAGUACAACAGCUCACUUUUGGUGGUGGCAUCUGGGGCGCCUUCUUCGGGCUGGGGCUGGCCUUGUCCAUCACGGGUGCGACCUCCAAUGUGGACAGUUGGCGGAUGUUCCUGGAGAUCACCUGCCUGAGGAUAAGCACCUCGAAGUUUUUCCUCGUCUUGGACUUCUCAUUAGCGGCAAUUACCUGCAUUCAUUUCUGCGUGCGAACGUACACUGAGUCCUUAACAAUGGUCGGCUUUGUGCUGGAAGCUAUCGCAGCUGUAUAUUUUUUUGGUUUGAUGUUGCCUUUCUGGGGCUUCGCGCACUGCGAAGGAAUACUCUCCGGCCUGCGCUGGAUGUUGAUUGAUCGAGCUAUUCCUGAUGCUCUUCUGAUAGGUGCGGUUGCAAGCCUGCCAGUGGCGGAGCAUCAGGGCAAGAAGACCUGGUUUGCACCCUCAUGGCUAGCGGCCAUCCACCUGCUGCGGUCUUGGGGGAAGCUUCUCAGAGUCUACAAGAUCAAUCUGGAGAUGUUUCGAAAUCAGAUCAUCGAUGCGAUUGUCUCAACUGCAUUCAAGGUCUAUUUGAUGGCCAUGAUGAUGCUCACCUUUGAGAACUUGGGUGAGCCUCCCUUCAUGGCUGAAUUCUCGCAGGAGAAGUGGAACACCAUCUCCUCCUUGUAUUUCAUCCUCACCAGUGUGGCCACUGUGGGCUUUGGCGAUCUAGCACCUGUCACCAGCCUUGGGCGAAUGUGUACAGUCUUUGCCAUUUACUUCGGCUUGGCAUGGGUUGCCACGGUGGCCUAUAGAAGCUUGCAGAUUCUGGCGGUGAACCAAACGGGUGGAGGCUUCUUUGAGCCGAUUCUGCAUAGCAAGUAUAUCGUGGUCCUUGGCAACCCCACUGGGCUGAUGCUCAGGAAUUUCUUGGCAGAGAUUUUUCAUCCUGACCACGCGGAAGAUUCUGAUGAUCUCCAUGUGUCUGUGAUCCUUAGCGCUGGCCAUCCUGGAGUAGAGCUGGUCACUGAAUGGCUGCGACAGCCGGAGAACAUCCGGAUGCUCCCGCGCAUCCAUAUCUUCCAGGGCACCGCUUUGUCGGACAUCGAUCUGCAGGGCAGGCAGGGCUUGGGUGAAGAUCUGCCGGUGCUGCCGGGCUUCGCCGUCUUGGUGGACUUUGAGAUGUCCAAGGCUGAGGAUGGCGAGCGAUUGACGUGGAAGGACAUGCCCAGUCCACUGAAGUUUGUCGCAGACGCUGGAGAGGUUCCCACGUUGUUGGAUAAGGCAGUUGUGGGUAUGGUCCCGGGCGAAAGCAAGCGGCUGUUAGCAUAUGGAGAGCCAGAGGAAGGAACGAAUGAAGUUUGGGACUUUUCCAAUGAAAAGACACCACCCUGCGAUAUGCCAGUGAUGCUCGAUAUCACACUUCUAAAGGCCCGCCUCGAGCAGAAUGCGGAUGGCGUUUCCGUGAAGACGUUAAGGCCUGGUGAUGGCCGUACGUUCCCACAAGUGGGCGACCGGAUCUCAGUGCAGUACACAGGGAGGCUGGCCAGUGGGAAGAAGUUUGACUCCACCUACGACCGACGAGGAGUGGCAUUCACCUUCCGUGUGGGCUUGGGGAAAGUGAUUCCUGGAUGGGACCUGGCUUUGAUGAAGCUUUCCCUCGGGGAGAAAGCGCUUCUGACCAUCCCAUCAGCCUUGGCGUAUGGACCGAAGGGAUACGGAAAACUGAUUCCUCCGAACUCCGAUUUGAUCUUUGAGGUCCACUUGGAAAAGGUGAGCCGAUACAGCUUUUAG